AUGGAAGGCUAUUUCGCUGUUGGCACUCAAGCCAAAACCUCCAAAAAGACUGUCUUUGCUGUCCUCGGUCUUCUAGCUGUUGUCGGAGUUGUUGCUACAAUUGCAGUAUCAAGCUCCUCAGUUUCUCCAGCUCUUGCUCAGUUUGCCUUUGAGGAGCAAGAAUUCAGAGAUUACAUGGACAAAUACCAGAAAUCCUACGAGUCUGAUGAAGAAUAUGGAAUGAGAUUCAAAAUAUUCCGUGACAACUCAGCUUACAUCCGCAUUUUCAACACCCUUGGAAAUUCCUGGACUCUUGGUGUCAAUCAAUACGCUGACAUGAGCUUCUCAGAAUUCAAGGCUAACACCUCCUUUUAAUAUCAAGCAAAAUUUUUUUGGGUUAAAUUUAUAUAUAAUUAACAAUUGAUGUAAUAAGAUAUCCAGCUAUUUCUAUUAUAUUUGACAGCUUCAUUCUAAACAUAAUCUUAUGAAAAAAAUUAAAUCUCCGAAAAACGAAAAAAUUCUUUUAAAGAUAUCAUCAUAAUUUUUUUUAAAAAAAAAUGCACCCUUGCAAAAGUAUCUGUUCUUAAAAGGGGGAUAAAUACCUCCCAACCAAAUUCCAACCUAAAGAAGCAACCAACGUCGCCAUGCUUGAUGAAGUUUCAGUCCCAUCCCAAGUUGACUGGACCACCAAAGGUGCAGUUACCGCUGUCAAGAACCAAGGAAACUGUGGAAGCUGCUGGGCUUUCUCCACAACUGGAUCUGUAGAAGGUGCCUGGUUCCUCUCUGGACACACCCUUGUAUCCCUCUCCGAACAAGAACUUGUUGAUUGCUCAUCUAACUCCAUUUAUGGAAAUCAAGGUUGCAAAGGUGGACUUAUGGACAAUGCUUUCAAAUACAUCAUUGCUCAAGGAAUCACCUCAGAAGCAAACUAUCCUUAUCAACAAGUCCAAGGAGCCUGCAACAAGAUCAAAGUUGCCCAAGUCAACGCUACCAUUAGCAAGUACACCGAUGUCGCCCCAGACAACGUUGCCCAAUUACAAGCAGCAGUUGCUCAACAGCCAAUAUCAGUCGCAGUUGAAGCUAAUCAAGAUUCUUGGCAGCUCUAUAAAGGAGGUAUUGUUAGCAAGGAUUGUGGAACAGCUUUAGACCACGGUGUUUUGGUUGUAGGUUACAACUUUACCAACUCCCCUCAAUACUGGAAAGUCAAAAACUCUUGGGGUGCAGAUUGGGGAGAACAAGGAUACAUCAGAAUCGCAGUCAAGGCAGGAGCUGGUAUCUGUGGUAUCCAAAUGCAACCAUCAUAUCCAACAGUUUAA